CUGGACACAGGGUUGGGUCAGCCUGUGUGCCCCACCAGCAGGACCUGUUGCCACGGGAACCAGAAGUCCCACCGUGAAUGUUUUCCCUCCAGGUGGUCCGGCGCCAUGAGUCAGCAGCGGACGGAGCGGCGGGGCAUUCACGUGGACCAGUCGGACCUGCUGUGCAAAAAGGGAUGCGGUUACUACGGCAACACGGCCUGGCAAGGCCUGUGCUCCAAGUGCUGGAGGGAGGAGUACCAGCGGGUGCGGCAGAAGCAGAUCCAGGACGACUGGGCCCUGGCAGAAAAGCUGCAGCGGGAGGAGGAGGCGGCCUACGCCUGCAGCCAGGGCCAGGGCGCGCCCCCCCAGGCCCCCGCCCCGCAGCCCCCCCCGGGACACGCCUCGCUGGGCCCCUUCUCCAAGUUCGAGGAGAAGAAGACCAAUGAGAAGACGCGGAAGGUGACCACCGUUAAAAAGUUCUUCAGCCCCUCAUCGCGAACCACCUCCAAGAAAGGUAGCGCACACAGUGAGGCUUUUCCAGUCAGGCUUUUCCAGUUCCAGAGGUAUUUGGAGAAGCAUAGUGUGGAAUUAUUUUGCUGUGCAGCGGCCUUCAUAGAGAAGCUGGACGCUCAGUCCCUGAAUCUCUCCCCCGAGGAGUUUGAGCGCUACAUGUCCGGCCAGGCGUCCCCGCGCUACGGCAGCUCGGACGGCGAGUGGCCGCCCUCCGGUCCGGCGGCGGCGGCCGCGAGCGCCGCCAACCCCGUCCUGGUGCAGCUCGACCACAACCUGGAGCUGCUGACCAGCCUGAGCGGCCGGCAGGACGCCCUGCUGGACGCCGCCCGCAGCCUCCAGCAGGAGCUGCUCUCCUGGCCCCGGAGCGUCCAGCGGGAGGUGACGGACAUCUUGGAGAAAUACCCGCUGGAGGUGGCAGCGUCCAGCGUUUCGGCCAUCGAUGCAAACAACAUGGACAACAGCAACCUGCCCUCCCCCCUCAAACCCCAGGUUUUCACCGGCUAG